AUGCCACCGUCGGUAAGGCUGCCAGAGAGAACGGGAGACCGCCCGGUUAAUACAAAGAGUGCUGCGAAAAGGCUCAAGCGAAGGAGGAAUGUGGAAGAAUUUCAAUUGCUGGAGACUCGUGUGCGGGAAUUCGUACGCUUCCGGCACAACCUCUUCUCCCCGAAUGCUGGAUGACGGCUGAUUAGGGGGUUAGGAUGGCAAAGACAUCACCGCUUUCUCAGAAUUGCCCUUAACGAAGCAGACGGCGGCUGGAUUACACAAAGCACAUUUCAAGACCUUGACCGACAUCCAACGGAAGGCUAUCCCGUUGGCAUUGAAAGGUCGCGACGUCCUCGGCGCUGCAAAGACGGGAAGUGGGAAAACGUUGGCAUUCCUGAUUCCUGUGAGAGAACUCCUAGUUUUCUGGUGCGCGAUCUGGUCCUGACAAGAGCAGGUUCUGGAAAUUCUCUAUCGGAAGAAAUGGACCGCUAUGGAUGGUUUGGGCGCACUCGUAAUCUCACCUACCCGCGAGCUCGCAACGCAGAUAUUCGAUGUUCUGCGAAAGAUCGGGAGAGAGCAUGCAUUCUCAGCUGGCCUGGUUAUCGGCGGAAAGAAAUUGAAGGAUGAGCAGGAAGCCCUUCAUAGGAUGAAUAUCGUCGUCUGCACGCCUGGGCGAAUGCUACAACACAUGGACCAGACGGCCGGGCUUAUGCUGGAUAACGUUCAAGUGUUGGUUUUGGAUGAGGCCGAUAGGAUCCUGGACAUGGGCUUCCGAAAGACUUUAGACGCGAUCAUCGAGAAUUUGCCGAAAGAGAGGCAAACCUUACUGUUCAGCGCCACACAGACGAAGAGUCUUUCGGACCUCGCAAGGUUAGGGUUGAAGGAUGCGGAAUACCUUGCUGUCCAUGAAGCCGCUACUUCGGCUACCCCGGCCGGCUUGGACCAGUUCUACAUGAUCACAACUUUGCCUGAGAAGCUGAAUACCCUGUUCGCCUUUCUCCGGAAUCAUUUGCAGUCGAAAAUGGUGGUAUUCAUGAGCUCCUGUAAACAGGUCCGUUUCGUGUACGAGACUUUUAGGCAACUGCACAUUGGUAUUCCGCUUCUGCAUCUCCACGGAAAGCAAAAACAAAGCGCUAGGAUAGACAUAACAGCAAAAUUUUCUGCCGCCAAGCAAAGUUGUUUAUUCUCGACUGACGUAGUUGCGAGGGGCUUGGACUUUCCAGCAGUGGAUUGGGUUAUUCAGUUGGAUGCGCCGGAGGAUGCCGAUACGUAUAUUCAUCGUGUUGGCCGAACUGCUAGAUUUGAAAAGGCUGGGAAGGCACUGCUGUUCCUGUGCCCAAGCGAAGAGAAGUUUGCAGAUGGAUUGGCCAGCAGGAAGGUUCCGAUCAAUAAGGUUGGCCAGAAAAACUCUAAAAAGCAGAGCAUUCAAAACCAACUUCAGGGGUUGCUAUUCAAGGACCCUGAGCUCAAAUAUUUGGGACAAAAGGCCUUCGUGAGUUACUGUCGAAGCAUCAGUGUUCAGAAGGAUAGAGAGGUAUUCAAGCUUGAGGAGUUGCCGUUGGACGAGUAUGCGACUAGUAUCGGGCUCCUUGGUGCUCCAAGGAUCAAGGGCCUGAAGAAUGUGGAUGCAGCCAAAACCAAGGAAAUCAAAAAUGCACCCAGAGGUCUAAAGGCUCUAGAGGGUGCCUCCAGCGAUGAAGAGGGAGAAGGAGAAGCCGGGAGUAGGAAGGACGUACGAACUAAAUAUGAUCGAAUGGUCGAACGAAGUAACCAUUCCUCUACCCUUUUGCCCAUCGUAAGAUCUAACAUCUUUAGAAAACAUCAAUGUCCUCACAGCCCAUUAUGCAAACUUGGUUCAAGAUGAUGGAGCGGACCCCGACGAUGAGGGCGAUUUCUUGACUGUCAAACGUUCAGGCUACGAUUCCGACAUUCCCGAUCCCAUAGAAAUGCCAUCGAAAACACUCAAAGUGCCAGGGAAGGAGAUAAUAAUAGACUCCAAACGUAAGGAAAAAAUGCUCAAGUCCAAAAGGGAGCUGGCGAAACUUAAGCCCAAGGGCACAAGACUUGUUUUCGACGAUGACGGAGAAGCCCAUCAGAUAUACGAGCUGCAAGAUGAGGAUAAGUUCCGUGAAGCGGGGUCAGCAGAGACCCAGAGAAGGAAAUUCUUGGAUGAAGAAGGUAAGAGGGUCAAGGAGGCGGAUAUCUGGGAUAGGCAAUUAGCAAAAGAGAAGAGGAAGGAAAGGAGAAGGGCCCAGAAACUCCGUGCCGCAGAGGAGGAAGCCGUGAUUGGAGAAGGAAGUGACGGGGAUGAGUUUCGGGUGGAGCUGGUGCCUUAUGGAGGGGCGGAAGGCGAUCACCUCGGGCAAGAUGAAGAUGUUGAGGUAGAGAGGCAACCCAAGAGACAGAGAAAAUGGUUCGAGGAUAACGAAGAAGAGGGGGAGGCCAAAGAAAAGGCUAAGAAGACCAGGGGACGAGUUAUCGAAGCUGCUAAAGCUCCGGAAAACCUAGAGGAUCUGGAAAUGCUUGCUAGCGGGCUCAUUGAAUAGCUUAGAUACACGUGCCUGUAAAUAUAUACCACACCUGUAGUUCUAGAAGUUUAUAAUCUUUGCGGGAAUUC